AACACAAUUUCAUUCACUCUGCACGCAUUUAUAAACUUUUUGAAAAUCGGUUUCAAAUAAUAACCGUGAAUAAACCAACCGUUAAUUUUGCAGAGAUAUUUCAAAAUGAAUUUUUACAUUUCCAUUUCUGUCACGUUGCUGCUAAUUUCUAUAGGUGGAAUAGUGUUAGUUGAAUCAGUUGGUGAGAAGGCUGAAAUUAAGUGCAGCGAAUACGGAGAGUUAGUAUACAGUUAUGAAGAAAGCCCAGUACUUUCUCGACAAACAAAAUUAGUAAAAGUGUCACAAUGUGGCAUAGUCGAUGUUCCUUUAAUUGUUGGAGGAGAAAAGGCACGUGAAACGGAAUUUCCCCAUAUGGCUUCGAUCGGCUAUGAAAAUCAAGGAUCAAUAAAAUGGCUGUGUGGUGGGUCACUGAUAAGUGAAAAUUUUGUACUAACAGCUGCCCACUGCUUAAUCUCGCCUGAUAAUGUUUCUGCUACCAAAGUAUUACUUGGAACAAUAGACCUGUCUGCAAUGGGUGAAGGUUCUCAAAUGAAAGACAUCGUCCAAAGAAUUGCUCACCCAUUAUAUAACCCACCGUCAAAAUAUAAUGAUAUAGCAUUGUUACAAUUGGAUAGUCCUGUACUUUUUACAAAAUACGUGCGACCGGCUUGUAUCGCUAGGUCAAAUGAUGUUAACGAUGUUGUCAGUGCUACCGGAUUUGGUAAAGAAUCGUACAGUGCACCUGAAGGAAGUAAACAGCUCAUGAAAGUGCAACUGAACAUUAUUCCUUACGAAAAAUGCAAACAGCAAUUUUACAAGAAAUCUACCGCUGUAAUGAUAAACGGUUUAGAAAAGUCUAUGUUGUGUGCUGGCGUAUUGACUGGCGGUAAAGACACUUGUCAAGGAGACUCGGGCGGUCCUCUUCAGACCGUUCUCAAACAGCCAUACUGCAUGUACAACAUCAUUGGAAUUACCUCAGUCGGAAAAUUCUGCGGUUUUCCCAAUGCACCGUCUAUUUAUACGAAGGCAGCUGAUUAUUUGGGAUGGAUAGAAAAUAUGGUAUGGCCUUGAACGAGGAAAACUGAACCAUUUAUAGUAAUGUAAC